CGCUGCAUUGUGGGGAGUGGUCCUUUUCCUGCAGCUACAGAAAUGGCCCGGGGUCCAAAGAAGCACCUGAAGCGCCUGGCGGCUCCCCGGCAUUGGAUGCUGGAUAAACUGACUGGAGUAUUUGCUCCCCGUCCAUCUACUGGUCCACACAAGCUCCGGGAGUGUCUCCCCCUCAUCAUUUUCCUCAGAAAUCGUCUGAAGUAUGCUUUGACUGGUGAUGAGGUGAAGAAGAUCUGUAUGCAGAGAUUCAUCAAAAUUGAUGGCAAAGUCCGUACUGAUGUGACUUACCCAACUGGAUUCAUGGAUGUGAUCAGCAUUGAUAAAACAAAUGAACAUUUCCGUCUCAUCUAUGACACCAAGGGUCGUUUUGCAGUGCACCGAAUUACAGCUGAGGAGGCCAAGUAUAAGCUGUGCAAAGUAAGAAAGAUUCGAGUGGGCACCAAGGGAAUUCCUCACCUGGUUACACAUGAUGCACGAACCAUUCGCUAUCCAGAUCCUCUGAUUAAGGUCAAUGACACUGUGCAGAUUGACCUGGAUACUGGCAAGAUCACAGACUUCAUCAAGUUUGAUACAGGUAAUUUGUGCAUGGUGAUUGGAGGUGCUAACUUGGGUCGUAUUGGAGUAAUCACUAAUCGUGAGAGGCACCCUGGUUCUUUUGAUGUUGUUCAUGUGAAGGAUGCUAAUGGUAAUAGCUUUGCUACCAGGCUUUCCAACAUUUUCGUUAUUGGCAAGGGCAAUAAGCCAUGGGUUUCCCUGCCUCGUGGAAAGGGUAUCCGCCUCACCAUUGCCGAAGAGAGAGACAAAAGACUGGCGGCAAAGCAGAGUAGCAAUUGAGUGUUUGAGAACUGAAAGGUGGUUGUACCACCCCCAUGCAACAUUAAAACAGGCUUUCUUUAUAUACA